GCAGUGCGUUCCAGCGUAACCAGGGUCACUGACAAGGCAGCGAGCAGUGUGUCCGACACUGUGAACAAGGAACUAAGCAGGAGUCGUCGCAACUGGAAAGAUGUGUGAUAGAAACAACGGUAGAAGACUUCGCCAGUGGCUGAUAGAGCAAAUCAGUAGUGGAUUUUAUCCUGGACUUGUGUGGGAGGAUGAUGAAAAGUGCCUUUUCCGCAUUCCAUGGAAGCAUGCUGGGAAACAGGAUUACAACCAAGAAGUGGAUGCAUCUAUUUUUAAAGCAUGGGCAAUUUUUAAAGGGAAAUUUAAAGAGGGAGACAAAGCAGAACCAGCUACAUGGAAAACACGCCUUCGCUGUGCCCUGAAUAAAAGUCCUGAUUUUGAAGAGGUGACUGACAGAUCCCAGCUUGAUAUUUCUGAGCCCUAUAAGGUGUACAGGAUAGUCCCCGAAGAGGAACAGAAAUGUAAGAUAGUGGGAAGCAACUUGAGUGAGGCGACAGAAAUGGAUUGCAGUUCUUCAGAAAUUGAGCCAUCCACUGAUGAUUACCUCACUAUUAUAAAAAGGAGCCCUUCACCUGCAAAAGACACCUGCCAUAAACACUCAUUACAGGACUGGGGGGUCUAUCCUCACAAUCCAGCAGGUACAAUGAUGGACGGAUAUCCCAUAUAUGAGUCAGUUAAUCAUGCCUUUUCACGGAUGCUGGUUCAGUUUUACUACAGUGGUAAGUUAGUGAAUCACAUAACGACUACACGUACGGAUGGAUGCCGCAUCUCUGUAGCCCAGCAUCUUCCAGGAGCAGAAAACUUUGAGAACAUUCGUUUCCCACCUGCCGAAUCCAUCACAAGUGAGCGCCAAAGGCAGAUUACAAAGAAGCUGUUUGGCCAUCUCGAGAGAGGCGUCCUCUUGUUUAGCAACAAACAAGGCAUUUACAUAAAGAGGCUGUGCCAAGGACGUGUGUUCUGGAGUGGGAACUGCAUGCAAUAUAAAGAUAGACCCACAAAGCUCGAAAGGGAUGAGAUGGUCAAGAUAUUUGAUACAAAUCAAUAUUUAAGAGAGCUGCAGCUUUUUUACACCAGCCAAGGACGCAUGCCAGAAAACAAGGUCACGCUUUGCUUUGGAGAGGAGUUUCCAGACGCCACCCCUGUGCAUCUCAAAUUAAUCAUUGUUCAGAUUGAACAGCUUGGUUUGAGACAGCUUACUGACGAUGCUGCAAAGAGCUAUGGCCCUUCAAGUCUGCACUUGCUACAGGACCCUCAUAUGGAUCAAGUCCCUCACAUACUCCCAGAUGUUUGUACACAUCAGAGAUCUUUUUAUAGAGAACACCAACAGAUCACUGCUUAAAUCACCAAAUUGUUUAGCAUCUGUUAACAUUUAAGGUUUUCUCCCCACUCCUGGAUUUUACACCAUGGGUGCAACAUCAGCUGUGAAUAAAUGGACAGUAGAAAGUAGACAUGCCCAUUUUGGACAUUUAAUGAAACUCUGCAACAUAAGGAAAGCCUUCAAGUCUUUUUGCACCGGGUGCUUAUUCCCAAAAAGUAGUACCUACUUGCACCCAUGAAAACUGAUUUCGAAAAGAUAAUCAUUCCAAAAAAAGAACAGAUGUGAUGUAGGUACAAAAGCACAAUAAUCAGGAGCAUAUUAAUUAGACAAUCAAAUAGAACUAGACAUUUUCUGGCAAUAUAAUGUAAUUAAUAAAACAGGUUCCUUAAGCUUUUACAAAUACAAGUACAGACUUAUAUGGUAGUUCUUUUUAUAUAUAUAUAUAUAUAUAUAUAUAUAUAUAUAUAUAUAUAUAUCUAUGACUAAACCUCUUUGUGGUAUUUUUAGGUAAAAAAUAGAAAUGAACAGGCUAACUGCAUCUGGUUUAUUACAAGAAUGUGCAUUUAUGCUACCAUUGGCUACUGAAACGCAUAUGUGGUAACAGCUAGCUUGACACUUUCUAUGGCUUUUACAGUACAAUCUCCUUGUGUGCUCACAUCCAUCUUCUUAGAAUGUCACUGAAAAUUAAAAGAAAAUGUAUCAUAGUAUGGAUCAUUAUCCUAAUUUUUGUUUUUAAACAUGGGUGGUUGAUUUUUGUCAGCUUGCACAGGCAUUAUCUGGUUACUGUUGAAGGGCAGCAUCUCAAGGGAUGCACUACACCGCAUCAUCGUUGGCCCUGCAAUCGUGACUUUAAAUUAAAAUGAGUGUUCAGCUGUGCCUAUUAUUUGGUUGGCUGAAUUGCUACUUUUAAUUUACAUAGGCAUAUUUCCUAGAUUUAUAUCUAUCAUAUAUACUUCCAAUAGACACAAAAUGAGAUGUUAAUUUUUUUUCAUUUCUAUUCCACCCACUCCUACUUAUUUACUCUUUGGGGGAUUGUGUACCAAACAGCUGCAAACAUUUGUCCUGCUCCAUUAAGUCACACCCGUUACCACCCAUACCACACCUAUUACCGCUCUGCUUUCAUUGUUUUAAUGCCAAUAGAACAAGGGUGCCCAACAUAUUAAUUGUAAGUUGAACUGUCCUUUGAUAAAUUGUAUCUAUCCAUUCCCCCUCCAUUAUUCUUCCUUGUACCUCUUCUUCCUGUUGCAAUUGCUGUUCCCUUUUUCUGCUGCCUUUCCUUGUAUAGCCAUGCUUUUACUACUGAGUGCCACUUUACAGGGAAAUUUUAAGGACCAUUUUAACCACGGUCGAAGCUGAAUGCCAAACUUGUAUUUCAUGACUUUUAUAAUUCAUUUAACAUUCUGUUAGGCUUUGUAUAACACCCUUCCACAGACCUGAUACCCCAUUAUUGCCCAGAUGGAUGGAAAUAGCUGGUAUGCUACUUUAUAAAAAAACGUUUCUUGAUGUUACUGGGCCUUUAAAUCUUCUUACUCGUGUCUAGCUGUUCUGUUUUGCAAGUUGUGAACUCUCUAAAUAUUUCCCAACCACAGUUUCUAAAAAUGCUGACCUUUAAGAAAUAGAUAAACAUGCUGACAGGCUUCUUGUUCUUGCAUGCAUGUUGUAAUGGGAAAGAAAACACUCACAGGCAGAUGCAACUUUUUUGCUGGGGGAGGCUAAGACCAUGUACCCAUGGGUGUUCAUAUCCACAGCUCCCAUUUAUCAAAGGUUGAAGUUCAAAUUCAUGUGAGUUUUUUUAAACUGUAAUAAAUUUGAAUAUACUCGAAGUUCAAUUGGGAGGUUAUUUAAUAAACAAAUAGCAUAUCUAAAACUGGAACGAAUACUGCCGACCCGAAAACUGGAAUUGAAUUAGACUAAACUCAAAUUGUGUAUUUUCUCCGAAAUCGAAUGUCAGGAAGGCUAUUAACAUCUUCAAAUGGGUCACUGAACCUCUCCCAAUGAUUUAUACAUGAAGGUUUUAGGUGGCGAAUAGUCGAAUUAUUCCCAGGGUAUAGGUUUGAUAAAUCUCGAAAUUCAAAUUCGUUUGGAUAAUUCACAAUUCCAAUUUGAGAGUUUUGACCAGUAAAAAAAAAAAUGUGAAAAUUCGGAUUUACUAUUUGACCCUUAAUAAAUCUGCACCGCAGUGUGUUGAUGCCAACUGUAGAAUUGUGGGAGUGGACUUAUAAUUGGGCCUAACAGCAAGUUAAAUGAAGGGUAUUAUGACAUGCAAUAUUUGUUAAAGUACAUUAUUACAUCUUGCAAACUAACAAAUUACGGAGCCACAAAACUCUAAUCACACCCAAAGAUCAACACCUUUAUACCCCAGCACUUUCACAGUUCCACACCCUGACACCCUCACAGAUCCUCUCAUUAACUCCCCAGCUCACACUUUCACACGCCUGCACACUCACACAUUCACACUUUCAUACCCUGGCACACUCAGAGCUACAUUUUUAAACUUCUAUGCUUUGUGGGUAAGGGAACACAGCGGGACCAAGUAAUACUGGUGCCCAAGACAACAGUCACACGCCUCACUUCUUUGCUGUUAGAUAUGAAGUUUUGGUUUGGGGAGAUGUAGCCCCUCCCCUAGCCUUUAUAAUAACCCGCUUAUAAUAGUAUUGACAACAAUUUCAAACCAAGAGAUGCCGAACAUUCUAUGGAAACGUGUUUAACACUGGAGAUUUGCUAUGUAUAUCUUCUAUGUAUAUAUUUAGGCAUUAGCAUCACGUGAAUAUUAUUUUUUGUUAUUUGAACUUUAAAUAGCUGGUAACUCAGCCCUACCCAAAAGGCAGGUGAAUUUGGUGUACUGUAUAUGGAUUUUUUUUUAUAACAAAUGUAUUUUUAAUAAAUAUUUUCCAAGCUGAGAUUCAGGUAUGCACAUUGAUCCCAGACAGGCACCCGAUUAUUUUCUAACAUGAAUUUAUUUAUUUUGUACUUUUUAAAUUGUUUAUAAAAAUAAAAGCUCUUUAUUUUGUA